UUGAAAUAUCUGAACCUACGAACUAGAUGUGCUGGGACUGUUGGGCUUGGGCCUUUGUUUCUGUUGCAUGAUGUGCUUGGGCUCAUGUCUCGAUCUGAGCUGACUGAUUGACAAUCAUAUGAAUGCCAUCCUUAGUCAAGAGAGGAGGGGACAGGGGAGUCUUGUUGGUGCUGCUACAGAUUAAAGAUGUUGAAUAUUGUCAUGGGACUAGGAGAUCUUGGAAUUAAUCUGGUAAUAGAUGAUUUUGGUGGAUUAGGGUCUCUUUGUAAAGAAGGCUUUUGAUGUUGCUACUCAUGUCAAUAGUAUGAUGAUCUAUGUUGUCUUCUAUGUAAGGAGGAUCAGGAAAGGCCUUUCAUUCUCCUCUCUAGAUAUAUGAUUUAAUUGUCAGCUUGGUGUCUUUUUAUCUUCAUUUCAAGUCAAGGGAGUCGGAUGGCAACCGGCAAAGACUACACAGAAGUCAUGAAGAGGUGUAUUGUAGGAAAGCAUAUUGUAUGCAUGCAUGGCAUAUGUACUUGUUAAUUUGGAUGACACUCCUUGGCAGAUCUAAUUAUUUUGUAUUUUCUGUCUCUCUUGCAAGACACUGAUUGAUUUUAAUUACUUCGUCACUGUUUUCUGCUUUUAAUACAACUAAAGUGACAAGUUUGGCAGUGAAUUCUCGUAUUAUGUUAGCAUUUUAUCAUUUGAAAAUACUUUUUUUAAUUGCUAACAUGUGAAUCUGUCCAAAUGAUACAUCUAACAUCUUAAACAUUAUACUAGAAAAUAAGUUUUGUAAUUUAUCUUGACUUAUUCUUUGUUCAUUUAUAUAACUUAUUUCCUUAAUUUUAAUUGACUUGUGGACUUUCUUCCUUCAUACUGUGAGUCAUUAUCGAUAAAAUUGGAGUUAAAACCACUAAAACCAUUUGCAGAAAUGGAAACUCAUUUGAUCCAGAGGAAACUGAAACAGUGUUUGCAAAACUUGCUUCAGCUUUUUGAUAAAGUGUGAAGUAUUGUAGUCCAUUCAUCUUGAUAGUCACUUGGUAUGGCUCCAAGUUAUACCGCGUUGUGGAAGAUAAUAACUAAAAUUAAUUAUUUUUGGUUGUAACCUAUUGAUUUCAAGGGACUUAAGGAACCUUGUGCCAGGAAAUCUUCAUCGAAUACAAGGCACUUUGGCUGCAUGAAAUGUUCAAAUAUCAACAGCAGUAGUAAUAUGGACUUGUUGAUUUGGCCUAUAAUAUGGUAGUUUUUUUUUUUUUUUUUGUAAAAAUAGAAAAGGGUACUUUUUCCUUGAACUUAACCAUCAUGUCUUUGUGCCUUUCCCUUGAACUUAACUAUCAAGCCUUCUCUCACUAACAUAGGACCAACUCAAUAGAAUAAAUCUUGAUCAGGUGAACUCUGACUGUGCUGUUAACCUCUAAAAUUGUGAUCUUUUUGGUCAAUGCAACUUUUAGAAAUAGAUCGGUCGGACAUGCCAGAUGGUAGGUGCGAGACCUAACCUGUUCUGGUUACAAUUGCAUACAUCACAAUCUCAUGCGACCAGGGAGCAAAUGAUCCAAUCUACUUGGAAUGGAAGAGUAAACAAGCCACUACUUGAUGUAUAUAGAUUACAUCAAUUGAACAGAGCAGCUCAGCUGGUGACAGCACUCUCCUUUUCAGUGAGAGGAGCUGAGAUAACAUCUCAAACAUUGGCUAUAAGCAACUCUUUGGGGACUCUAUUGAUCGUUCUCCAAAUCCUUGGAGUCAUCUGCAUCUGGUCACUUUCGAGCUUCCUCAUGAGGUUCCUUCCUUCUUCCCAAGCCAUACCCGAGUCUUAAUCCUACUGUAAGGUUCAUGAGCUUCCCUCAUAGUAGACAAUGCAUUUUGUUUGCACUGCAAAAAGUUAUCUUGCCUCUUGGGUUGGCGAUAUGACACAAAGAUUCAUUGCAGUAUGCAUGGAAGCUGAUGGUUAUAAAAUUCCAUUUAAGACUAGUUGCGAUGCUUUAAAUGCGGAGAGGAAGUUUGAAACUGCAAAUGUACCUACUGUCACUGGCUUACAAUGGCAUUGUUGAUCAAAAAUCUUAGGGUCCAAUCCUUGAUGUAUGUGCGGAGAUGUGAAGUCAUGGGGGAAGAGAGAAUAGUUAAAAAUUAUGGCUGACUGGAUUAUGCAACCGUUCUUGUGCUUCUUCAUCUUCCUUCUGGAUGGAACAUGCUAUAAGCUUUCUUGAACAUGUUAAUAGUUCAAAGCCAAACUAGUGGUUUUACUCUUUUGCACCCAAGCCUUCUAAUGGCUGAAAGAAUUGCACUGAGAAAGUUUAUUUCUUUCUAACAUGCUGUACUUUGUGUGUACUGUGUAUUUCUAGAACUAGCAAGACUUUUGGUGUAAAGCUGUCAGCUUCCCAAAAAUUAGUUUGGCUUAAAUAUGAAUCACGUUUCUACCUGCACUCAUUCCUUCAACAGUAUGGCAAAGAAGUGGUGAAAAAAGUGGGAGCUCAAGUUCUCUUACAUAAAUGAGCAUCUUCUAUGCUAAUGUAAAGAUUGUUUAUUGCUUUGUAUAAUUCCAGUUUAAUCAGACAGAUGUCUCACAAGCAGAGCUGUUUACUUUAAUGAAGUUUCUUUUAGUGAACCCAAUCUGUUUCUAUUGCUUGUCAUUCUAGCUAAAAAUGAUAACAAGGAGACUUCUGGAGCUUCUCUCUUGUAUAUUUCCAGAAUGUCUGAAAGGGGAGUUUGAUCUCUCUUCAUCCGCACCCAUGUAAUCAAUUUAACUAGAUACCAUUGUGCACUUUGGCUUCUUCUGUGGUGUUCAUGGUUGGGGUUGGUUCUGUAAGCUGCUGCCACGUUCAAACAAUCAAGAUGGUUGUUUUACCACUGUAAUGUGGUGCUUUUUAUGAAGGCUACUGCAGCUUUCCCAUGCUUGUCAAAAAUGCUAGGUACUGAGUUUUUUGAAAUCCCAUACUUCUUAACCUAAGUCAGAUAAUAUUAUAAUUAGUUUCUUGUUGGUAAAUGGAAACUUGGAUGUUUGUAAGGAUGAAGGUUUGUCAUUUCGGUACUGCCCUUCUAUUAUAGUAUUGGUACACGGUACAGUAUGAGAUAGCAAGAUAUAUUAAAAAGUAUAAAAUUAUGUAUCAAUUUGGUAUUGGUAUAGUACUGACCGGUACAGUAAAUUUUGAUAAGAAUGAAUAAAUGUGAUCGAAGAAAAGGAUCCUUGGACAAAGGAUCUCAUAGGAGCAUGGCUAAUUGUCAUUAAAUACUUUUUCCAAUGAUGAUGAUGGGGUUGUUUUUUUUUUCCCUUUUUUUUUUGGGACUGCCUGUAAUAUGGCUCUCCCUUAAAGUAGGUCUUUUCCCCUCCACAGCUGAUCUUUCUACAGAGUUCCAGUGAUAUCCAGUUGAUAGAAUGGUUCGGCAUUGGUGAUUAGAGGGCGGAAGCUGGUUAUCACUUACCUGUUGGUCACAUGAAGGGACAUUCUAAUGGAGUAUGCAUCAUACCUAGUUAGCUUUAAGAUUCGAGUAAGGUAAGGAAGAUAUCAUUACAGAUCAUUGUUGAUACUUAGAUCUCUCUCUCUCUCUCUCUCUCUCUCUCUCUCACACACACACACACACACACACACACACCCACCUUCUCUUUUAGUUAGAAAUUAUUUUUUUUGUACUGAAAGUAAAGAGCAACCUCUGCAGUUAGCCGAUACCAAAAGACUCGAUGUAAAUAGAGGCGGCAUCAGUCGCAACUCGAACAGAAGAUGCAUGAGGAAUUGCGUGCAACCGGAACAAAGCGAGUCCUACGGUCAUUUUGCCGCGAUUCCCUCAAGAGGUGGAGGGAGGACCGCAGCUCCCCGCCGAACCCGUUCCGCUCCCUCCAUUUCUCCUCUUCGACUUCGACCACCAAAUUCUCCCCCGUCCUCAAGUCCCUCAAGAAGAAGCUAGCCGUUGGGGCCCUCCCAGCCAUCCACCGAACAGCCAAAGCCUUCAAAUCCUACGCCGAGACCUGCGCCUCCCUCCUCCGCCAAUGCGCCGACCACCAUCCCCUUGCCCUCGGCCCGGCCCUCCACGCCCACACCAUCAAGUCCGGCAUGUCCGCGGACCGCUCCAUCUCCACCAAGCUCUUGACCAUGUACUCCAACUGGGGCUGGCUCGAUGACCGCGACCGGGUCUUCGGAGAGGCCGACGGCUUCGAUCUCUUCUCCUGGAACUACAUGAUCGCCGCCUAUGCUCGGCGUGGCGAUCUCGAUGCUGCACGCCACCUCUUUGACAGAAUGCCCGAGAGGAACGUCGUCACGUGGACCGUUAUGGUCGACGGCCACAUGAAGUGCGGGAAGGUCCGAGAGUCGAUCGAGUAUUUUGAGAGGAAUCCGUUCAGGACCGUGAUCUCGUGGACUGCGAUGAUGAGUGGCUUCGUCCAGAAUGGGCUGUAUUUUGAAGCUCUGGUGAUCUUCCACAGGAUGCUCGAAUCCGGGUUGAUGCCAAACGAGGUAACUUUUACCUCCGUGGUUAGAUCUUGCAUUGGUGCAGGUGAAUUUGACUUGGGGAGGAGCAUCGUGGGGCUGAUUAUUAAGACUAAUUUUGAGCGGAAUCUUUCGGUGUGUAAUUCCUUGAUUACUUUGUAUCUCAGGAUGGGCGAUGUGGAUUUGGCAAGGAGAGUUUUUGAUGAAAUGGAGGAAAGGGAUGUUGUCUCAUGGACUGUACUCCUUGAUGUGUAUGCAGAGAUUGGAGACCUGGUGGAAGCCCAUCGGAUCUUUGAUGAGAUGCCUGAAAGGAAUGAGGUUUCUUGGAGCACAAUGAUUGCAAGAUAUAGCCAGAAUGGUGAAGCCUUGGAGGCAUUAAGGAUGUUCUAUCACAUGCUUCGUGAUGGUUACAGGCCGAAUGUCUCCUGUUUUUCUAGUGCACUUAGUGCUUCGGCGAACCUUGAGAACUUGCUGUUUGGGUCUAAUGUCCAUUGCCAUGCUAUAAAGAUCGGGUUUGACAGUGAUGUUUAUGUUGCUAGUUCUUUGAUCGACAUGUAUUUCAAAUGUGGGAAGCUUAUAGAUGGGCGUCAGCUGUUUGGCUUGCUUCCAGAGAAGAACACAGCAUGCUGGAAUUCCAUGAUUGCUGGUUUUUGCUACAAUGGAAAAGUGGAAGAAGCUGAGGAACUUUUCAAGAACAUGCCAGCAAAAAAUGUGGUCUCUUGGAAUGCGAUAAUUUCUGGUUAUGCACAAAAUGAGCAUUAUAAUAAGGUGUUGCAGACCUUUGAUGACAUGUUAAUGUCUGGGCAAAUGCCGAGCCAGAUGACCUUUUCCAGUGUUCUUCAUGCUUGUGCUAAUCUGCCUUCACUAGAGAAAGGCAAAAACCUUCAUUCCAAGAUUGCAAAACUUGGAAUUCAGGAUGAAGUUUUCAUGGGAACUGCACUUACUGAUAUGUAUGCUAAAUCUGGAGAUAUAGAGAGCUCUAAGAAAGUGUUCUGUAGGAUGCCUGAAAAGAAUGAGAUCUCUUGGACUGCCAUGAUACAGGGGCUUGCCGAUAAUGGUUUUGCAGAGGAGUCUAUAAGCUUAUUUGAGGAAAUGAAAGAAACAGCAAUAGUUCCAACUGAAGCUAUCAUCUUAUCUAUUCUUUGCGCUUGUUCACAUUGUGGGUUGGUAGAUAAAGGGUUCCAUUAUUUUGAAUCAAUGAAAAAGGUAUAUGGCAUAAUGCCCAAAGAGAAACACUACACUUGCAUGGUUGAUUUAUUAGCUCGAGCUGGGCAUCUGAGAGAGGCUGAGGAAUUGAUAAGCAAGAUGCCAGUUCAACCUGAAGCUAAUUCAUGGGCAGCUUUAUUGAGUGCUUGUAGCACUUAUGGAGAUGAGGAGAUAGGGGAGAGAGCUGCUAAGAAGUUAUGUGAGUUGGAGAAGAGCAAUUCAGCGGGGUAUGUCUUGCUUGCAAAUUUGUAUGCAUCCUGCAGGAGGUGGAAAGAUGUAGCCAAGGUGAGGACACUGAUGAAAAGGACUGGGUUGAAGAAAGGUGGAGGAUGUAGCUGGAUUCAGAUAAGAGAUCAAUUUCACACUUUCUUUUCUUGGGAUGUAAAACACCAAAAGUCAUCAGAGAUUUAUGGGGUUUUGCAACUCUUAACAUCAGAAAUGAUGGCUUAAUGGUUACAGAUAUACAGGCUUCAGAUGGAGUAUAGGUUGAUAACAUAAGAAGUGGAUUUUUCUCAGGCUAUCAAAUUGAAUCUUUGGCUCUUUCUGAGAAUCAAAUCCAGAAUUCUCUAGAUGAUGAUCUUCUGUCAGACAAGAUGAAGAGCAGCCAACAUUCCAAUAUUUGGUGCAUUUUUAGGGGUAAAAAAGAGCAAGUCAGUAAAAAACAAAUUGUGCCAUUUGAUUAAAAUGAAGAGCUGGAGUAGACAGAAAAUUUUAUGAGAAGUUGAAGCUAGCUUCACUCGGAUACUCAAGGUACUGAAGAGUGGAAAUCUUGAGUUUUAAAGCUUCUUUUCAUGACAGUUUCAUGCUUUCAAAGAGGUUUUGUAUAUUAUACAUUGAACUGUGGGUCAAAUGAUAUAGCAUGGACUGAUUCUCUUCACAUCUGUUUAUCAGAAUGCACAAACUGUGACGGUCUCCAAAGUUGGUGCAUUCUUAUGAUGAGUUUGGAGUUUUAUGUAUAUCAGUGGAAGUUCACUUCUGCAGAAUUUGGGCCAAGUUCCAUUCAGGUCCAUGACUACAGGCAGUUAUCCAUAUGAGCACUCACUAGAACCCAAUGCUUUGUACUUAAGCUAAAGUCAGUAAGUUGUGAAUUUUGCCCAAAACCAAUUGGAAUAACAGGAUUUUGGACCACGAUCCUUCCAUUGGAUUUGAAGUAGGAGCUUAAGAAGGCAUCUUUUGAAUUUCAUAUGGGAUUUAUGAAGGAUAGGCUGAAGGCCUCCUGCCGAACUCGAGAUGCAUUAACUGGUGAUAGCCGGAUAUCGGUCAAUUUGAUUCCAGUGCAUGGACUGCUAUCACUGCAGGCAAGAUGCAUAGUAGUACUGAUCAAUCACAACUGGGAUCUCAACAUUGGAGACUCGAACAUUCGAAAAUGUGACAUUCCUGGCAGAUCCUAGACCUCCCUGUGAUGAAAGUUUAGGAGUUACAAAUCAACUAUUUUUGUAACAUUUCUUAAAUCACAAGACAGAGCAUUUUGCACAUUGAUGCUAUCAACAGUGACGUUGGAGACACAGGCUAGGCUAUUGCCUUUCCCAAGUCCUCCUAAGCUGCCAUAGUUUCAGGAUAGGUGUGUGCAUGCACGUAAAGAUGAUAAUCUUCAUCCAAGCUGUGUGUGCAUGCAUGUUCAUGUUUGGGUGGAUGCAUGUUACUGUGCUUGUGCAUGCAUACAUUUAUGCUUGUGUGUGCAUGUGCACAUGCGUGCAAAGAUGGUAAGUCUUUAUCUGACCUGUGUGUGUCGGCUUUGAGAGAAAUUCCAGAAUGUAAAUCCUUGACCAUCAAAUGUGCCAGUUCCUUGGAUGGUGAAAUCAUUAAGCCACUUCAAGUUCACCCAUUGGAAGAGAUUUGAUUUGGGCCAGGCAGCCACACCAGAAGGUGCUAUGAUAUCCCCAUCUAUCUGUAAGUACAGCAUCAUACUAGCCUUUUUUAUUUGUUUUAAGCAUUCCCUUUUGUUACUUUCAGUUUCAAAACUGCACAAAAUUUGAAUAUAAGAGGACCACCCUAACUUCAGUGAAGUUUUCCUUUCCCUUUUUCUUUCUUUUUUUUUUUUAAAUUCUAUAGGAGGAUGAAAGAAUGAAUGACAAAGUUAGCAAAAUCACAAAGAAGGGAAUAUUUUUGGCCAGAAAAUCAGUGUUAUUAGAGACCUGGAGGGUUAGGUGAGGCUUGCAAGGGCCUUGGAGAGUGACUGGUUUGAUGAAAAAUCUGAACUCUGAUGGAAGCUUCACAGUUGCUCCAGGAAUCAAGCAAGCAGCUUUCCAUGCUGAUUUAAGUGCCUGUCCAUACAUACCUAGUAUUACCAUCUCACUGUAAUUAAGUAAAACCAGUACACGUACUGCCCAUAAUAUUAGUUGUUGAACCAUUGGAACUCAAUAUAAAAUAACUGUUAACUGGAUAUAUAAAAGCAUGUUGAAUAAACUUCUUCUCAAAUAUCAAGCAAUUUUACUUUACACUAAGUAUCAUACAAAUGAGGUAAUCUUGAAUAAAAGGUGAUAGCUGAGAGAAUAACUAGAGUUUUUUUCUUUAAUCUGCUGAAAGCAAAGGUUUGAAUUGUGGGUGUAAUGAAAGACUUGUUCUGCAUUCAGAAGUAGCAGAUAUUGAUAGGUUGCAUGAUUAAGUGGGUAAAUUGAGAAGAAAAUGAAAGCUUGAUUAGUAACAAAAUGAAAACAUAGAAGCCAACUAAAGUCAUGCACAAUAUCCUUCUUAUACUUGAUAAUAUGGUUAAAUGCAUGUAUUUCGGAAAAUAGAUGAAUAAUGAAACUUGUACAUGAUAUAAUCUUGAAUGGAAAAAGCAGAGAGGAUUAUUGGAAAACCAGUGCUAAAAAUAGCUUUAGAGUAAAAAAAAAGGAAAGGAAUAUCUUAAAAUGAUGAAAACUUCAUACUGAUGCACAUUACACAUACGUAUACAUACAUACAUAUAUAUAUAUCAUAAGAGUAAUGAGAAGAAAAGGAAAAAUCUUCAAGUGUUUUUUAUACCUUGGAGUCAUCAGAAAUUCCAUCUCCCAUGGCUCCAAAAGACAUGACAUCAAAAAUCUUUGAAUGCGGCUUAUAAAAACCAUUAUGGCGAGCUGAGGAAGUGGAAAAACUAGUAAAAUGAUCAAAAUCAUGGUCAUAUCCGCCAUGUUUACUUCCUUCAUGCUUGUGAACUCCGCUUUGCUUUCUGUGACUCGUCACUGCUAACAGCAUAGGAAAUGUAUUAGAAAUAGCCAACCAAAGAAGCAAAUGAAAAGCAAGCGAGAGGCUUCUAUUUGUCAUCAUCUCUGCAACUUAUUGCUGCAGUUUUCAGUAUAUUCUCCUGCAGACUAUCUUUAACUUGUCUCACCAAGUUGUUGCUGUUCUUGUACGGGUGGCUGAAUGCUGUUUAUAAAAGAAUUGCAGAUGCCGUUUCAUCCAAGAAUAUUACAAUAAGACCUUCACCGUCAUUUAAAUUUGGUCGAAGAAAGUUUAUUUCACAACCUGAUCAGAAGGGCUUCUGCUAAUUAGCCAUACUGCACCAAAUUUUGUUGGAAAUUUGCUGUCAGAUUUAAUUAUAUACAAGGCUGGAGCACAAGUUUGAGAACUAUUUGAUUAGAGAUUACUUCAUGUCGUGUCAUUAGCUCCUUUUCCCUUGCAACAAGGUCCAAAGCAUGCUGCGAUCCAAGAAAGGUGGCUUCGCAGAAUCCAACACCUAUACUAUCUGAGCUUGCAGUGAAACUUAAAAAUCCUUGCAGCCAAAUAAAUUCAAAGCGUUUGUGGAGGAGGGUGGGAAGUCUGGUGCUUUUCUUUUUCUUCUCUCGCAUGCCGGCCAACUUUUUGUUUUUGGUCCGGUGUGUUAGUUUACAGAUCAUAUGAUCAUCUCUUGGCUCGUCAUUCUGGAUAAAAGCAGGUGGUCCUUCCUCCAACCUCUUCAUAGAAAACCAUCUCCCGCAGAUAACCCGUCACAAUUUGUACCACCUUUGGAUGUUCAUUAAAGUACCACCUCAACUCUGCCAAACUCCACAAGCUCAAACUCUUCUUGUUCAAAUAUUCUUCAGCAUCAUAUCAUGCGGGCAACUUUGGACGUA